AUGAUCGAAGCAUCUCUUCGUUCUCUAGGGGCCAAAGUCGUUGUGGCUGCUUCCAACGAUGAGAACCACCCUCCAGAAAAUAUUAUUGACGGAAAUACAAAUACAUUUUGGAUGUCCACGGGAAUGUUUCCUCAAGAGUUCAUCAUUCGUUUUGAAGAAAUGACUCCGCUUUCUUCAGUGACAGUGGACAGCUACAAUGUCAGGCAUCUAAAAGUAGAAAAGAACACAUCACAGAACGCCUCUCACUUUGAGUUUGUGGCAGAGAAAGAGUUAAAACAAACAGAGGGACAUCUUCAGUCAAAUUCCAUUUCACUAAACGGAAGCAGUGCCACUCACCUUCGUUUUAUCAUCACCUCAGGAUACGAUCACUUCGUGUCUGUGCACAAAAUCGCUGAGUACGUUGAGCAAGCUGUAGCGUCUGACAUCGCGCACGACCAAUCAGGCGCCAGACUCAUCUAA